UGCACUCCAUCCCGCGAUUGAAGGAUUCGCUCAUCUCCCCCUUCCUCUCUCCUCGUCUCCUCUCCUAAUCUCUCUCUCCCCCCAAACCCUAAUCGAUCGAACCCUCCGAACCCUAGCUUCUCCUCUUCUUCUACUACUUCGCCCCCCCGCUUCUCGUUCCUCGCAAGGGUUUGGAGCGGCUCCUCCGAUCUGCUUCGCCCCCGUUCGAUCUUCGACAAGGUGUGGGGGGUUUUCGGCGCCACCGAGGAGUCGAAUUCUAGGGUGUUGUUAGGGUUGGUUUUGCUUUUGGAGGAGGUUUCGGUGGGGUUUGGUUGGGGGUUUGUUCCGCGGAUUUGAGUGUUUGGGAACCCUAGAUCUGGUGGUUUUGGGGCGAGGAAGAGGAAGGGAUUGGGAUCUUUUCACCGGGGCCAAGUCAAGAUGUUCUGGCGCAUGACUGGGUUGUCCGCGGCCUCGCCCGUGGAUACUGUUUUAGACAAAGAGAACUAUACAUUGGAAGAGCUUCUUGACGAGGAUGAAAUUAUUCAAGAGUGCAAAGCACUGAAUACUCGUCUUAUUAAUUUCUUGCGAGAUAGAGCUCAAGUGGAGCAAUUGAUUCGCUAUAUUGUUGAAGAGACUCCAGAGGAUGCUGAGAGGAAGCGGACCUUUAAGUUUCCUUUUGUAGCAUGUGAGAUAAUUACAUGUGAAGUUGACAUCAUACUCAGGACCUUAGUAGAGGACAAAGAGUUGAUGGACCUACUGUUCUCUUUCCUAAAACCUGACCGCCCUCAUAGCACAUUGUUGGCAGGAUACUUCAGUAAGGUUGUUAUAUGUUUGAUGCUGCGCAAGACAGUCCCUCUUACGAAUUACGUUCAGGGUAAUCCAGAAAUAAUUGGCCAACUUGUCGAUCUCAUUGGCAUUACAUCUAUCAUGGAGAUACUGAUUCGGUUGAUUGGUGCUGAUGAGAGUGUGUAUUCGAACUAUGCGGAUGCGAUGCAAUGGUUAGAAGAGACAAAUGUUCUUGAGAUGAUUGUAGAUAAGUUUAGCUCGUCGGACUCUCCUGAAGUGCAUGCCAGUGCUGCUGAAAUUCUUUGUGCCAUAACCCGAUACGCCCCUCCUGGACUUGCUACGAAGAUAUGUAGCCCGAGUUUUGUUGGGAGACUAUUUCGCCAUGCACUUGAAAAUUCAAGACCUAAAUCUGUACUGGUUCACUCGUUAUCGGUAUGCAUAUCCUUGUUAGAUCCUAGGAGACUAGUGUCAGCUUCCAACCAAGCAUUUCGAAGCCAACUAAGCCAUGGGACAUUGGUUACUGCUAGUACCGAGACGGUUGAUGGUAUGCUAGAGAGCUUAGGUGAUUUACUGAAGUUGUUGGAUGUUUCUUCUUCUGAGGAUAUCUUGCCUACCACGUAUGGAUACUUAAAACCUCCCCUUGGAAAACAUCGUCUGAAGAUUGUAGAGUUCAUCUCUGUUUUGCUGGCAAUCGGCAGUGAAGCUGCUGAAAAGGAACUAAGCCAGCAAGGAGCAAUAAAACGUGUUAUAGAUUUAUUUUUUGAGUACCCAUAUAAUAACUUUUUACAUCACCACGUGGAGAAUGUUGUUGGAUCAUGUAUAGAGAGUAAGCGGAGUUCGCUUAUCGAGCAUGUUCUGAAUGACUGUGACAUUGUUGGAAAAAUACUUGAAGCUGAAAAUCAUUCUACCUUGUCAACUGAUUCUGCUAAGCCUACAGUUCCAUCACAGGACAAGUCACCUCCAAAGAUUGGAAAUGUUGGUCACAUGACUCGCAUGGCUAACAAGCUUAUUCAGUUGGGAAAUAACAACAGCACAAUUCAGACACACUUGCAGGAGAAUGGUGCAUGGGUUGAUUGGCAUACCAAUGUCCUGCUUAGGCGUAAUGCAGUGGAAAAUGUUUAUCAAUGGGCUUGUGGGCGGCCAACUUCGUUGCAAGAUCGAGGUAGGGAUAGCGACGAUGAAGACUUCCGCGAUAGGGAUUAUGAUGUAGCAGCACUUGCUAACAACCUGAGUCAGGCAUUCCGAUAUGGGAUUUACAGUAAUGAGGAUAUUGAAGAGGCUCAUGGUUCGCUUGAACGUGAUGAUGAGGAUGCUUAUUUUGAUGACGAAACUGCUGAAGUUGUUAUCUCUUCUCUUCGUUUGGGUGAUGACCAGGACAGCAGCUCACUCUUCACAAACUCAAACUGGUUUGCUUUCGAGGACGACAAAGCAGCUAUUGACCGUUCAAUCGGCUCCCUCGCCUCACCCUCAUCUAAUUCGGACAAUGCUUUUCCAAAUACAGACGAGUCCGACGAGGUCGUUCUCGGUGACAAAGAUGACUUGUUUGGCAAUUCCGCAUCCUCCCUUGCGUCUAACUCAGAGACAGCUUCUGGAGAAGCUGGAAGCGCAGCUUUAACAAAUGGUCCCAUCAAGGAGCACAAAGAUGACACAGCACCACUGAGUAUAAACCAAGGCGAGCAGUCACCAGAGUGGGUUGAAUGGAGAGAGACAUCGGAACCAGGUGAAGUGUCCAAGGGCCCAGAUCCUGAGGUUUCAAAUGGUGAAGUUGAACAAGAGAAAGAUAAAAAUACUGAAAAAUGUUCCCCAGAAAUGGCAAAUGGCGAUGAAGAAAAUGGGUCUCCUGAAUCCAACGUUGAGCUUAAAUCGGAAGUUGAGGUUAAACCAGAUGUUGAGGUCAAACCAGAAGUUGAGGUUACUGAAACAUUAACCGUCAACGGUGUAGACGGUAGUGAGAGUGCUGAUUCAUCUGAAUCUCCUGAACCUGCUAAUUCACCGGCCAAUGAAGUUGCUCCGGGGGAUGCAGAGAAUGAGAAGGCUAUUGAGAACGAGAAGUGAAAUGGAGUUAUGGCAGCUACAAUUUCGCGGUCCAAAACAGUGGUGCACGGAUGGCCCUUGUCAGAACACUAAUCUACUAAUGAAUGAAGGCUUUUGCUUUAUUUGGGCUAAGCUGUUGUAUUAUUUUGCCCUCUGUGGUUGUCGCUUGCCACUGUACAAAAUGAGCGCCCUCACCAACCCUAGGAAGCACCGGCAAGAUCGUUCUGAAGUACUUUUCCUCUGUUGUUUUCUCAAUUCUUUUUUCCCCCCUUUUAUUUUUCUUUUCCUUUUUUUUUUUUUCCUUUAUUCUGUUUUUGAAUUGAUUGGUGCCAAAUUUCAUCUGGCUGGUAGCUUAUAUUGUUUUUAUUUUCCAUGUACUUUUUUCUGCUUGUUGCUUGAACUGUUUAUUUAGACGGCUCUUCUCGAUUUCGCCUACGGUAGGAUUUCUGUACUCAUAUUGUCUCGGUUUGUGUACUCAUAUUGUCUCUCUAGCUCCGGACUGAGUUCUCAACAUGGUUUGUGGCAUUGGUUUUA